AUGCAGAAUGUGGAGGGGCAGCUGGUGUUGUACAAUCUGUUAACCCAUAUAAAGAAGGAUGUUCUUCCAAUUCAUCGGAAUAGCCUUGCUGGGGAUAGCACUGAUAGGGAUAUUAGACUGUUACAAGUUUUUCCCAACGCGAGUUCGAUGAAGUGGGAAAGGAUGGAGUUGGACUUGAAGAAGUAUGAAUUUAAUUGGCUGGAGAUCACGCCUCAUGAAGUAGAGGUCACUAGUUCGUCUAAGGCAAAUAGUCCUAGAGCACACACCCGAAGAAGUUCUCCUUUGAGCUCUCCAUUUGGCAGUGGUGGCAGUUCACAGAAGGAUGGGGCUGAUCCCCUUCAUCUGCUUACUCCACAUGAAAGCCCUCCAAAAAUUGGUUUAGAGAAGGCAUUGUCAGACGUGCUAUUGUAUGCUGUGCCUCCCAAGGUUUUCUUUCCCUCAGAUUCUGCUUGUAGCUCAGUCCAUUCUCUGUCAUCAGGGGCCUCAGAUGGCGCAAAAAUGGUACAGGCAUGGAUGCUUUCAGAGUUAGUUUGUCAAGUGCUGUUAGCUCAUCAACCCAAGGCUCUGGUAACAAUGAUGGUGUGAUGCUUUAAGGGAUGUUUUUAUUUGGGGGGAAAGCACUGGCGAUGGCAUUCUAGGUGGAGGAAAAUACAUAGGGAUGAAGUUCUUCUGGCGUUAAGAUUGAUUCUUUAGUGCCUAGACCCAUGGAAUCUGCAGCAGUGCUUGAUGUUCAGAAUAUAUAUAGCUUGUGGUCGGCGACAUGCUGCUUUAGUAACCAAGCAAGGAGAGGUUUUCUCUUGGGGGGAGGAAUUGGGAGGCAGACAUGGACAUAAUAAAACCCACGUCCAUAUUUCUUAUCCUUUCUUGCACAGAGAACCUUUGUUGAUUGCUCUGAAACUCAUAUCCAUUUUCCUUACCACGCUAACUCAAAGAACAAGAUCUGGCGACUACAAUUUUAACUUGCAAAAAGUAAAGUAGAGA